AAAACAUUUAAAGAAGGAACUUAUCCAGUCACGUGACAACCUCCUACGUCAGAUGUAAACCCGGGACAAGAUGGCGGCUGCCGGAGGAGAGCCCUCAGCUCCGAGCUCCUCGGAUGAUUUAUUUCAAAACUUUUACACAGAGGUGAAGCAGAUAGAAAAGCGGGACUCUGUGUUGACCUCAACGCAGCAAAUAGAUAGACUCCUCAGGCCUGGAGCCUCCUAUUUCAACCUAAACCCAUUUGAGGUGUUGCAAAUCGAUCCCGAGGCAACUGAUACUGAAUUGAAGAAGAGAUUCCGCGCGCUCUCCAUUUUGGUACAUCCUGAUAAGAACCAAGAUGACCCAGACAGAGCACAGAAAGCAUUCGAAGCUGUGGACAAGGCAUACAAAAACCUUCUGGAUCCCGAGCAGAAGAAGAGGGCUGUGGACGUCAUCAGUGCUGGGAGGGAGUACAUAGAGCAUACGAUGAAGGAAAAGAAGAAACAGCUGAAGAAGGAUGGCAAGCCAGUGUUUGUGGAGGAGGAUGACCCAGAAAUGUUCAGACAGGCUGUAUACAAGCAGACCAUGAAGCUUUUUGCAGAGCUGGAGAUUAAGAGGAAGGAAAGGGAAGCAAAGGAUAUGCAUGAAAGGAAAAGGGCGAGAGAAGAAGAGAUCGAGACGGCAGAAAAAGCAAAGAGAGACCGAGAGUGGCAAAAGAACUUUGAGGAAACGAGGGACGGUCGCGUGGACAGUUGGAGGACCUUCCAGUCCAAGGGGAAGAAAAAGGAGAAGAAGAAUCGGUCUUUCCUCAAGCCCCCCAAAGUCAAGAUGGAGCAGAGAGAGUGAAACAUCGUUUUAUAACUUCCAAAGCCGCCGCCACCACCACCACUGUCUGCAGGAAGGUCUUCAGUCGCCAUGCAGCUGUUUACGUGACAAUUUACCCCCCAUCCAUCCCCCCUCUUAAGAAAUUUAGUUUUUUGAGGUUUCUAUUUUUUUUUAUUGUACACAUUUGUGAAUGUGGAACCUGUAUGAGAGCAUGAUGACAUUUGGCACAAAUGUAGGAGGGAGUGGGGGGCGCGGUUAUUCAGUAAUCAUUUCUCCUAUCGCACUGUAAUUUGUCUUGAUUUCUGUGGGAUGUCCUUUCAUAAUAAAGCGUGUAAAGCCUAUUUUGACGUGUUCUACGAGAUGAGUGGGAGAUGGAAUAUUCAAAAAGCCACAGGAUAUGGUUCCAUGAAUGUGAAUUGGGAUGGCAUCGUAGUGAAGGUGACAGUAUUUACUAAAUGUAUUUUUCUGAAACCAUGAGAUGUGUGUGCAGAUAACCUUGCGGAAUAUUCAUUUAUGGUUGGAUUUCACUACGUUUCCUUGAACUCCAAAGCAGCUCAACAUAAAACAAAUGGCGAUAAUGCAAUACUUGUCGGGUGUCUCGAUUAGUACUGGAUGUUAGAAUGUAACCUUUAGUGCUGUUAAAUAAAUACUAGGUGUUUUUUUUCACCUCGGUUGUUUAAUUAAUCGAUCCUGUACGGUUUUUACAUGUUUAUAUUGAUGUGAUGCCUGGUUCCUGCCACUGAAUCCAUGCCAACAGACUUUGUGUGAUUAAGGACUAACUGUCAUAGCAAUAUAUUAGAAAUUCAGGAUGAAAGUUAGGCUUAAACAUGUCAUUCAUCUUUAUUAAAACAUUCAUUUGGCAGAAAAAAGCUUGCAAAUUCAAAGCAACAAACUAAAAUACAACUAUUUUACAACUUGCUUCACUAAUAUAGGGUCUUUACAUGUCAACAUGCUUAUGAAUCUAUCAGGAAUUCUCAAUCAGUUCGGGAUCACCAGCAUUGCUUGUUCUUCUGAAGUACUUAAACCCUCAUGAAAUCCUGGUGUCUGGGAAGCCGUUUGCUAACUUUACAUAACUUUGCACGGGUCUCCCCCAGCGGAGGCUCUGGCAGCCGCGCCCCGCCCACCUCCCAUAGCCCCAUCCAGGCUGAGGCCCUGGAAGGCCCCGAAUAAUGACUUUUGGUUGCGCUUGGAUGCAGGCUUUCUGGCUGGGUUGCUGGGCUUCUACAGAAGAGCAUUGUAAAGCAAAAAGACAGAAAUAAAGGAUUAAACA